UAGCUAGCUAGGGGAUCCCCAAGAAUGUGCAGAGUUAUCAAGUCUUGUGUAAAGAAAGCUAAAAGACGUUGCUUUGUGUACAGUAUAGUACAAGUGCAGUCGAGCCCAGUCCAACCAUGUCUUAUCCGUCUGCGCCGCCGCAGUUUGGAGGGCAGGCUCCCCCAGGGACCUACCCAGCCCCCACUUACCCUCAGCAACCCUCUACUGGACCUCCUCCCCCCUACCAAGUGUACCCAACAGGACCAGCAGCUGCUCUGCCCUCUAAAGAGCCCUUUGGCAGUCCGGCACCAACACAGCCUCCUUAUCAGCAUCCCGGGUCUGCAUAUGCACCACCACAGCCUGGAUAUCAACCACAACAGCCUGGCUAUUCGUCUGGGUACCAACCACCACCACAACCUGGAUACCAACCACCCGGGUACGGAUACCAACCACCUCAGCCUGGAUAUCAACCACCACAACCUGGAUAUCAACCACCACAACCUGGGUAUCAACCACCACAACCUGGGUACGGCUACCAACCACCCCCGCAGCCCCCAGUGUCUCAACCACAAGGAUACGGGGCCCAGCAAAUCUCUGCUCAGAUGACAGGAAUGAGCCUACAGCAGCAGCCAAAAGAAUCUUGUGGUGUGGUGAGUGGUUUUGCUGAGGGAAACGUGAUCAUACUCAAGUCCUGUGCCAGUGGCAAGACUCUCAGGAUCCUUGCAGAUGGGACAGUAAACGGUCAAGGCGGUCACGGACAGCUUGCUCAGUUCAAAGUUCAUGUGAGACGCCCAGGAGUGGUGUCUCUACAGAAUGUACAGAGUCCCGACUACUGGCUGGCCAUAUUCCAGGGUAACACCAUUGGAACGGGGACUGGAGAUCCUUACUGUGACCUCAUCGUUAAUGACGUCGAUGGGAAGUUUGCUUGUCUUGAGUCUGUGAUGACCCCAGGGCAGUAUGUUGGUGUACUCCCCUCUGGCCAGGUCAAGCCAGCCACACAAACCAAGACUGGACAACACGGACGAUUCAUUGUCAAAGUUCAAAAGGAUGCAGCUUCUAGUGGAAUGGAGACAAUCUUUGCUGAUGGCAAUGUAGUGAUUCUGCGUUCGUGUGCUUCAAACAAGCAUCUGGUGAUCAAUACAGCUGGUGGUGUGCAAGGUAAUGGUGGCAGGGGAGUAACGACACAGUUCAAAGUUCAUGUGAGACGCCCUGGGGUGGUAGCUCUACAGAGUGUACACAAGCCUGUAUACUGGCUGGCCAUUCAUCAGGGGAACACCAUCGGAACAGGGAAGGGUGGUUUGUACUGCGACUUUGAGCUGAAGGAAGUUGAGGGUCAGUAUGUGUGCCUGGAGUCUGUCAUGCACCCUGGCGAGCACGUUGGUAUCCUCCCCAAUGGCAGUGUUAAACCUCCCACCCAAACUGGGAAGGGACCACACGGAAGGUUCACACCCUCAGUGCACCUUGCCUCUAGGAAGCAGCUAGCCUCGAUCCCAGGCCGCACUUCACUGCUGGUGAAGGAGGCUAGGAAGCAGCAGAAGCCGAAGCAACCAGACAAUAGGGCCUUGAUUAUGAAUAUGUUCAGCCAAGGCAACGUGGUGAUUCUCCAAUCCAAAGCCAGCAAGAAGUCCCUGAGGAUUAAUGAUGGUGACGUUGAGGGUAAUGGUGGCAGGGGAGAGUUGGCACAGUUCAGAGUUCAUGUGAAACGCCCUGGAGUGGUGGCUCUACAGAAUGUACACGAGUCUUAUAACUGGCUAGCUAUAUUCCAAGAACAGACCAUUGGAACGGGCAAGGGUGGGGCCUUCUGUGAGUUCAACUUGACAGUAGUAGAUGGCAGCUUUGUUUGUCUGGAGUCAGUGGCGUGCCCCGGCCAGUAUGUUGGUAUCAAGCCUGAUGGAUCAGUGAAGCUACCUAACCAAACCAAGACUGGCCCUCAUGGCAGGUUCAUCCCCUCUCUGCAUAUAUAGCUAGUGAAAACUACCAAACAACUGUCAACUUUAUUGUAGUUUGGAUAAUGUGAUUAUUCUGGCUGUGCAAAGCUAUUAGCCCCUCCCCUUUAUUGCA